AUGGGACUCUUUCAUGACUCCGUUAAGCUAGAGCACCUGCGCGUUCGUGUUGCAGCACAGAACAGUGAGAUCAGCUCCAUUCCAACAGGUACACCGACAUUUCAAACUGGAGAGAACAUUUACUACUCAACGAGCAGUUCUAGCUAUGGAUCGACCAGCGAUGAGGACGCUGACGACACUGCCGCGUACAUCGCCCGAGGAUACGCGUCUGAGAUGGAUGAGAAUGAACAACGUCUGACCAUCAUAAAUGAUAACCUUCUCAUGGAGAGCGUUUGCAACGGCGAUCCUGUGGUAAUACUCAAGUCCACAAAUGUCUCCACCAAUGGUGCGUGUUUGCCGGCCCAAAGCCGGUAUAACCUCUCGUGCUCGUGCCUUUUGGGCUUUGCAAACAAAACAUCGUGGGAUUUCCACAUUCGUGCUCCCGAACAAGACGCUGUAUCACCGUUUCCCACAACACUUAGUAGUGGAAAUAUCGUUCAAGUGAAUUCGUUGAUGCUGCUCGACGUUCCCUCCACCUUGCUUACCCUCAAAAUACAGGGAGAGAGCAGCAACCUGGUCCCUGUGCGCCUAAAGAAAGCGACGGAUGGAGACAGCAGCUUGUCUAUCGUUCGCUCUCAGGAGGUCUCAGCGCUCACAAAAGUUGAUUUAUACAACCUCGACCUUGCUGAUGUACCUAUUGAGUUUGGUUUUGUCCCCACGACAGUGUCAAGUCUAUUAAUGCGUCGUUGCAAUCUCAGCAGCCUCAAUCAGCCAUUUCUGGAAAGUUUCACUGCCCUCGAGUACUUAAAUCUAGCGUCUAACAGGAUAUCCAGCAUUUAUACUAGACUGCCGGGAUCGGCUGAGGCCUUGAACGCGAUGACCAUAAUAAAUUUGGCUAACAACAGCUUCACCGAGUUUCCAAUUCAUUUGCUGCAGUUUCCAAAUCUUCAAAAGCUGGAUCUGAGCGGUAACGCUAUCACAAAUUUGACCGUCACAAGCGAUGAACUCUCAACUAUUUCUCAGCUUUUAGUCUUUCGAAUUGAUGCACAACGGGGUUCCAAUAGUCGUAAGAGUGACUGUAAAGGUGGUGAAUGGCAAGAAGUACACAGCACAAAUUUUUGUGUUGUCAAUGCUUCAAGCAGCUCUCCAACCUCGGAAACGAUGGCAACUCAAGGUAGCGAAGACAACACAACCAACUGGACAGCGUUCAUGCUUGUAGCGGCGUUUGGUGGAUGCCUUGUGGGUUUUCUGUUGUUUUUUCUAGCUAUAAGGAUGGCGCGAUACCAACAAGAGCGUCAUAACAAACUAGGUGCAGCGUCACCUGGUGUCGCAGACAUUCAAACACCAGGCGCGAUGGAGACUACAGCCUCACAGGCGGUCUACAAUUCGCUUCACCCGACAUUGCACGCAGGAAUACUCAACGAUCCACUGAUAAUGUCAUUUCGACUAAAUUACAAGGACGUGAAAGUUGGUCGCUGCAUCAGCAAAGGAGGCUUUGGACUUGUGUACACCGGUACGUACAAGCGCCGCCGCGUGGCCAUUAAAAGAAUCAUGCGCGAGAAGUGCGAGAAGCUAUCACAAAUCCGCAUGUUCGUUCGCGAGAUCACGCUCAUGGGGUCUCUCAAGCACGAACGCAUUGUAGAAUUCAUAGGCGUCGCGUGGGACUCGCUGCGCAACUUGAGUGCUGUAACGGAGUAUAUGGAACGUGGAGAUUUACGAGAUGUACUUCACACCCUGAAAAACGAAGGAAGUGAGGUUGACGAUGGACUGACGUGGCAUGGCCUCAAGCUUACCAUCGCACUUCAUAUUGCGGAGGGCCUUGCAUACAUGCACUCCCUAAAUCCCAAAGUCAUUCACCGCGACCUCAAGUCCAAGAACGUGCUACUUAACGAUGAGUUUCACGCUAAGCUCAGCGAUUUUGGUGUCUCGAGGGAGCGCCAAGUAGCAAACGUCGAAGGCGUCCCUGAAAAAUUCAUGACGCCGGGUGUUGGCACGUCUUUCUGGAUUGCGCCAGAGGUGUUGCUCGGCAAAGACUAUGACGAGCACGCGGAUAUUUUUUCCUUUGGUGUUGUGCUAUCUGAACUUGACACGGACGACUACCCAUAUUGGAAUUCCGGAACCAUCCCAGGACAUGGGAACCCCGGUGACAGGCGUUCACAGGAACAGAAAAUUCUCGAAAAGGUAGCAUUAGGCUCGUUACGUCCAACGUUCUACAACGACUGUCCCCCCGGUGUUCUCUCAUUAGCUGCAAGCUGUCUCGAAGGAAAGCCAGAAAACCGACCCAGUGCCUCCGAGGUUGUACUUACGAUCCAAGAGCUUAUUCGCGAAAUGCAUUUCGACAAUCCAGACUCAGAGCCUGAACCUGAUGAAAUCGUCACGGCAGGGUUUCUCUCAAACGAAUAUGCGUAG